AUGACGAAGUUUGACAAUGUCGCGAUCUCGCACAGGAAAAAGUCGAAGGGCGAGAGCUACACCGCGGCGGAGCUGCGGAGGAACAUGAUGGAAUUCCAGCGCACCGGCGUCCAUCCCGAGCUGAAGGCGAGGGAAGAGAGCAACACGGACGCGUCGUCCUCCCUCCCCAUGCAUAACCCCGGGCGAGCGCACGCCUUCAUGGACAUCGCGGUCGGGAAGGACCCGAUCGGGACGCUCGUGAUCGAAGUCUUCGACGACAUCGCCCCGAACGCGGCGAGGGAGUUCAUCCUUCGCGUCUCCGACGACGGCGGCGCCGGACGCGCCGGGGACGUCAAGUACGCGAACACGGAGAUACACAUGAUCGCGGACGGCGUGAACAUCGACGGCGGACGCGCGCCCGGGAUGAAGCCGCCGACCGGCGGCGGCGGCGUCCCGAUCGAGGAGGCGAAGACGCUGACGCACUGCGAGGCGGGGGUGGUCUCGCUGAAGCGCGACUCUCCGGAGUACACGAUCGCGUUGCAUCACUGCCACCACCUCGACGGAGCGAGGCAAGUCGUCGGCAGGGUCGUUAAGGGACUCGAUCACUUGAGCACGCUGUCGGAGAUCGAGGUCGACGACCAGUGGGAGCCGAUGCGUAAGGUGAUGGUCACGACGUGCGGGGUCACGACGUGGGCGGCCGCGGACGGCGGGACCUUGUCUCUCGCCGCGGAGACGAGAGCCGCGAACGCGGCGGCGGCGGCGGCGCGAGCCGCGAAGGAGCGCGGGGAGAGCAAGGAGGAGACGAAGAAGAGGUUAGACAUGGAGAGCGCGGCGUUGGGCGCGGGGUUGAAGCGGUCGCUCGCGGACGGGAUCGCGGCCGCGGCGGAGGCGGAGAGGAAAAGAGCGAAAGUCGACGCCGCCGCCGCGCCGAAACCGGUCUGGCGCGGGGGGAUGAUGGACGCGAUGCUCGGCGAGUUGUCCGACAGCGACGGCGACGACAGCGACGGCGACGAGGAUUGA